AUGCUCCGCAAUAUGCUCAUGUCUACAUCGGACGCGCUUGUUAUCUUCGACGUUGGAGCAGGUCAAGCUCAAGGAAGUAGAAAAUUCCAAGAGGACCGGUACAAGAUAGUCCUGCCGGAACACUUCCCCGCAAAAACGGAUGACAAUAUUGCAUUCUUUGCAAUAUACGAUGGACAUGGCUCCGGCGUCGUUGCAGAUCACGCCUGUAAGAACCUCCAUAAUAUACUUGCCCAACGACCCGAGCUCCAACAAGGCGACUAUGCUGCCGCGAUGAAGGCCGCACUGGCCGAGGAGGAUGGCCUGCUGCUGGAUAAUUUCAUGCGCGAGUCCGUCGAGCCCGCGGUAUCCGGAUCAACAGUGGCGGUGUGUUUGAUCAACUUAACCACGGGGGAGCUGGUAGUCUCUAAUCUAGGCGACUCGCAUGUCAUCUUGGCCGAGCGGGAUCCCAAAACGGAAUAUCCCUAUCACAUUCGUCGACUUACAGAAGCACAUAAGCCCGAAGUGCCUAGCGAGCGAGCUCGCAUCAAAGAGGCUGGAGGUACCGUGGAAAAACGGAACGGAAUCAGUCGGCUCGGAUCCCUGAACAUGUCCCGCGCGCUGGGCGACCUGCAGUACAAGAACCCGGUCAACACCGUGGAGGAUGAAAGCACGAUGCCUCGAGAACGGCGCGCCUCGUCGUCAUCGGCGUCGGUUCGUGGUGAUUUCUUAUCCAACGAUCCCUACACCUCACGGCGCACACUGCAGCCAACCUGUCGGUACCUACUCGUUAUCGUAUCGGAUGGGGUGAGCGACCGUACCGACGACACGGCCUUGAUUCAGCACGUGAUGAAGCUGUCGAUGCGGGGGAUGCGAGCCAAUGAUAUUGCACAAGAGGUGACUAGUAGUAUUGCUAGUCGUCCCAAGAGUGAUAAUGCCUCGUGUGUUGUUGUGAUGUUGGAUGGGCAGCAUUCGUGA